AAACAAUACUAUUCCGCAAAUUAUCGAGCGUGAGUCAACGCUCAAUGAGAGCGCGUUUCUAUUUCACCUUCUGCUUUGUCCUUUCUGAACCUAUGACCUGUCUUACUCUUAACCACUCCCCUCCUGCCCCCAAAGGUCAUUAUUUAAGCAAAGACAUAGCAGUCAGGUUAGGGGAAAAAACACAGAAACGAACCGAAAUUCCAAACGCCAUGGCUAAGAUGUUGAUCAUGGCGGUUCUUGUGAUUUUGGGGACAAUGGCAACCGUUACGGAUGCGCAAGCAACUUGUGCGCAGCAGCUGGUGCCUUGUGCUCCUUACCUUAACAACGCCACGGCCCAACCUGGAGACGACUGCUGUAACCCUAUCAGACAAGCCGUGGCUACUGAGCUUUCCUGCCUUUGCAACCUCUAUAACGACCCUAGUUUGCUUGCUUCUUUUAACAUUACUGUCGCUGCGGCUCUCAGGAUCUCUCGUGAGUGCGGGAUCACUACUAAUCUCAGCGCCUGCAACGCUACUUCUCCUACCUCUGCUCCACCCCCACCAGGACAACCUGGAGCUGCUGAAAGGAUUGCAUUGACUGGACUUACCGCCAUGUUCUUAUUUUUGGUCUCUAUAGCGCUGUAUUAAGGUGACAUAUUCCUUGGAACCUUGAUGGGCAGAUAGAUUUCUAAGAGUAAAUAAUACAGAGAUCAUUCAGAUUAGGCAUCCGAGUUUGAAUAUCUAGAGA